AUGAGUGACGCGUUGUUUCCAUUUAACAAGUUACCGCCCUCGGAAAUUCAACCUAAUGCUACGGUGUUGAUUGUAGGGCCACCGAGCGUCGAGAAGACGAACUUUGGUGAACACAUGAUAAACUUGUUGGCGAAAGAGAUGACGAUUCGCAUUCGAACAGCAGAGUCUCUUCCUCUUCCAUCCAUAUCAACGCCUCGUCCUAGAAUAGAUUUCGUCCUAUUCAUGUUAUCCAUGGUACAAGCAGACAGUUACGAAGUGUUUAGGAAUUCAGUAAAGCAAUUGGAUGAAGAGUACUUCCUUGGGAGGUGCGGCGUUGUAGUCACUCAAGUUGAGAGGAUUACGCAGUAUACAUUCGAACGCGCUGAAUUAGAUUAUUUUAUCAGUAAGAUUUAUAGAAACAUUCCCGUGUUUCAUGUCAAUCUAACGAACCAAGUCGACGUUCAAACAGUCGUGAGUCAGAUAGGCAGCUUAAUAGAAAUUGGAUGUGGCUAUAAAGCUGGAAUCACUCCAGCGAUACUUAGAACGGCAGAAUUGUAUGAGAGCUCGCAGAUAUCACUAGAAGAAUUUCAAUAA